CGGUCGUACGUCGACUGACAUCAGCGAGCAGUAGCGCCCAUCCAUCGUACGUUAACAUCUUCGAGCUGCAGCACUUGAAAGAUCCGUUGGCGGCCCUACUGGUGCUUGGGAUGGCGGACACGGCUCGCCAGAGCCAAGAGCUGCUCGGUCCCAGCUCGGUGGCGCUGUCGUGGACUGGGAUCUGGAGGCCCCCUGGCGGACGCAAGCCGGGCUUCCGGCUUCUGGGCGCCAUCUUCAUCGCCACCACCGAUAUCGUCAUCAGCUCUCUCGCUGCUGCCCAGAUGGUCUUCGACACGCCAACCGACCCCGAAGUCUUCCGUGAGGUUUUCUUCAUCUGCACCUGUGGCUUCUCGUGGUUUGUGAAGAUGGUGUCGUUUUUGGUGCAAUGGAGGCGACUGCAGCGAAUGGUGAUGAGUCUGCUGGAUGCGAAGAUACGGUUUCCCGACAAUGGAACAGGCGUCCGGGAGAGAUACACCAGGACCGCCUAUAGCGUCUGGAGGUGGUGGCAGGCAAUGCCAGCGGUGACGGUGGUGCUGUGGAUGGGAGACCCACUCAUCCAGACCCUCAUGUCGCCACCAGCCGAGAACGGCACCAGGCCACUCAUCUUCUGGAUUCCCGUAGAAGUGCAACAUUCGCCUGCCUACGAAAUAACCUACGCCAUCGAGGCGUUCUGCGUAGGAUCUGCUUCGGAGACGAGCAUCCUGCUAGACAUAUUUCUGAUAAUUCUCUUAGUCUAUGCAGCAGGUGAAAUAGCUGUUCUCAAUGAGAAUAUCGCUGGAAUGAGGCUUUCGAAUACUCGUGAGCGAGAAAAAGUAGAGCCAGACAAGGGGAUACAAGCUCUAGAAAGGAGUUUUGAUGAAGUGAGCAUAUCACAAACAGCCUACGUGUUCAGCGAGGACAGUUCAGACAGUAAGCGCAAUCUUUUCGUUCUGGAUAGAAAUGACACGUACUGGAAACUACACAGCAGUUUAGUGAAGAACAUACGACAUCAUGAAGUUAUUCUAACGUAA